AUGGCGCAUGCUUGGUUGGAUUCUCUCUCUGAGGACUGGGUCUCUCAGCCUGGAUCCGACGCAUCUGAUGGACAACUUCCUCCUCUUCCUCCCCCAGACGAUGUCGAGACACCUCAAAUAAAACAGUUUGCCAGUCGGAUACCACGAAAAGCCGGAAUUAGGUCAUCCUUACCACCGACAAGCGGCAACAACAGUCCGCAGAUCUUGAGUGAACGCAGCGCAAACGACAUCAAUAUUUCUAUGAAAAAGUUGCCGUCAAAGUUGUCGCAAGAGAUUAAAGCGGACGUAUCGCGAUCCGUUUCAAACGAUACCAAUGGGUCCGUUGUUCAUAAUAAGGUCUCCAGCCAGCGAUCCCCCGACAAAAACGGCGAGACGCCAGAAUGGAAGAGGCGCCUGAUAUAUGGUGAAGUCGCAUAUGGCGAGCAACGAGACCUUUUUUGCUCUGCUGCCAUCGGCCUUCAAGACAUGUUCAAACCCCCGCAAGAAGAUGGAGAGGAAUCGAGACCUGGUCGAGAUGCAUCGCAGCACAUUGACAUGACGCUGCCGUCAAGCCCUCCAACAUAUCCGCAGCCCAUCACGGAGGAGGACUUUGAUGAAUAUCCAGAUUUUGAUGAAGACGAAGAAUACCCCGUGGAUGUUACCCCGAGUCCCAGCCCGAGACCCUUGCAAAAAGACAUCAAGUACAGGUUGAACGAAAGUUCACCAAUUCCCGACUCACGGAAGACGAGUCAACCGAGUCAACUCAGAGGCGACUACACUCCAAGACUUCAGUCUGAGGACGGGAUAUACCGUGACGAGAGCUGUCUGACAGCUCCGGAAGCAGAGAGCGCUUCAAGAAAGCCGAGUGGACAGAGUGAUACUCGAAAUGAAGAUUUCAGUCCAAUCUUAAUUGGCAAACAUAGUGGCGACAACGGAAAGGUUGAUUUCGCGCCAAUCGAGAUGCCUGUAGAUCAGCUGUGGCAGAAGCUGGAGCGGUUGCGAGUAAACCAAAUGCUUCUCGAUUCUCAGGCAGACCUUGGAGCAGGUUUCGAGACGAGUCCCAGAUCUCCAGCCCCUAUUGAAAACACCGACGACUACAUCCAGAAUGGAGGGUUCAUCAACGUGCGACGUGGGGGAAGAUCUGGCGAUGGAUCAUUUUACAAUAGAGGACUGAGCUCAGAAAUCGGUGUUGACACCUCAGAGAUGCUUCCAGAGGAGUCAUUACAAGCCAGCACGCCGAAACAAUUCCCGUCGGUGCGGACCCUGGGAACGAAUCCAUUUCCCACGUUUCAGGUCACGCAGAGUCCGUCUUUGCCUCGCGCCCCCUUUCCCAGCCCUGACAAGAAGCAACUUGUACCUGAGGAAGCUCAGCCGGCUGCGAGCAGUCCACUGAAAUUGUUUGGACCAUACGACACAUUCACCAACCAAACACUACUGAGGCGUAUCAGCCAAUUUGAGGAGAGAUCGGGCAGCCCUUCUCAACGGUCCACAAUGUCCCACAACGCUGAUCAUGACUCUGAGAACGAAAAGCUGCCAAUGCCGUCCGCCUCUGAGAGGAGAAGUAUAAGUAAAUUUGGAGGAGGUGACUUGGAUGGAUUCGAAUUCCGCGGCGAGCUAUCUGACGAAAUUUAUGAGGAUUCCGACGCAGUUGGCAAAGAAAAUGUUACACCAAACGAGACCUCACUUCCACUUUACCCGCUCCGAGAAAUUGGAAGACGGGACGACUCUCCCGACGAAUACUCUGGUCUAGUCAUUGAACGGAGGCGCAACAAGCAUGACACCCCGACUCGCGGCAGAAAUAGCGAGAUUUUCACAUCCCCUAACUGGGCACCGGGUGAUUCUGGAACACCACGACGAGACCCUGGGUCAGAAAGUAAGCGGCCGCGAACAUCCCCCUCUAAGGAUCCAACGCCAAAACGACGCCGAACACUGCAUCGAUCUGACAUUGCGUUCGGCCGGGAGACAAAACAUGAAGCAGCGGAAGCAGCUCAUCUGCAGAUGCAUUCACUGUUAUCGAGCAAGAAGCGCAAAGAUGCUCUGCCUGGCACCUUUGAGGUAGCUGACCCUAAUGUCCUGGCUUUGAGGUCCAUGCUGCAGCCACGAAACCCAACGUCUAGCAGAAGCUCAUCGGCAUCGUUCGACCAAGCCAGGAGGUCGCCACUACGCGAUCGUCAAAACGAGCUCCCAACUCCCCCGAGUGAUGCGCCAAACGAGACGGACCGCAAACCAUCCAUUCGCACCCAAGACUUUGUGGACCAAGCGGCCCAAAUAAUGGCCAUGAUUCGAAACCAGGUGCAACCGGAGCUGGCGAGCCUUGAAGAGUCCGAAGAAGAUGUUGAGGGUGAAGUUCAGCAGCCCUCAGAGGCGGGUUCAUCCCAAGACUCCACAAGCGAACCCUUUUCUCGACCCCCAAGCAGGGAAGGAAACCUUAAAACCUGGGCACAAGCACGCCAAGAUGACCCAGACCUGAUGGACAGACUAAGAAAGUAUCAGGAAUUUAGUGAUAUGGGCGAUGUGAUUUCUUCCUCAGUGAGGUCCAUGGGUCUCUCCAACAAUGCCAUUCUAGCGGCACAAAAUCGGCAACGACAUUCUGACGGACAGAGCCAAUCACGGCCAGAUGCUGUCCCUAUUCCCGUCCGGGGGGAGAUAAUUAGUGACCUGCCUAAUGUGCGAAUUACGAGCAACCCGCUUCCUACUGCGGGACAGACGAGCCCGUCACGGGAAUAUCCAUCACAGUCAUCAAACAGGUCAACAAGUCAGAACUAUCCGUCAGCGUCUUCACGAGGAUCGGAUUCUAAGCGUAUAAUAAUGCCUGAGAGCGUAUCUCAUUUGAUCCCUGACAGAGUGGGCAGCAUGUGUUUGGACAAAGAUAAAAACGUCUGGGUCAAGAGGAAGGAGUCUGCACCAUUGCCGGCGCGGAAUAUUCUACCAUCGGAGGAUAGCGAAGAUGACCCGUUCGCGAGCAUUCCCGAUCUUUCGGUCGACAUGACAAAGGAGAUGCAGAAUCUCAGAUUAGCCAUUGCUAGCAAAGAAUUGGCGACAGACGACACCGCGGAACCAGGAUCGCCACAGAGCCCGCCCAGUGCACCUGGACACAGAGCAUAUGCUGUUACUAAAUCCACCCAGCAGACAAGUCCUCGAACAGGUGUUUUAAUGAGUGAGGAGGUAGACAAACUUGAUGCGCUUUCGGGCCGUGAGAAGGUUGGCGUCAUGGCUAAAGAAGUUGCGCAAGACGACAAGGAGAGCAACGGUCAAUCGUCAACAAAGCGACGCAACCUCACCAUCUCCUUCUCCUCGCCGAUUGCAUCGGUGAUCCGCGACCUUUCUCCUGAGGACUUGGAUAGCUUUGAGGAAUCAGAAUACCUAGACGAAGUUGCCAGCGCGCAAGCAUCACCACACAGGGCUUCAAGCAGAUCUUUGGCACAGGCAGGAAUGAAACCGAGAAGCAGCUCUCAGCAUCUGAAUGCUACCCAGGCUCCGUUAAGACAAGCCUCUCUACGUGGGCCUGCAUUCAUCCCUCGCCCCGUGUCCCGAAUUGACGAGCAAGACGAGGACAGCACCGUUGAAAUUGCAAAUGAAGACCGCCAACUUAGCAUCAUUGGCGAACACAGCAUGAUUAGCCACAAGACGCCAGACGGAAGGCGAGCAAGUCUAAGCUUUAUGUUUAAUCAAACUCCAGGCAAUGCGGCUAUUGCAUUAGCUGCCGAGGAUAGUGCCUUUAUCGGACGAAAUGUUGGCAAGUUGUCGCUGAGCCCCCUUUCCGAGUUUACGCUCAACAACCCAGACCAAUCUUUUGGCUUCGAGGUCAGCUACGUCGUGGGUCCUCGCCACAUGGCAACUGGAGAUGGCUCUAAGAAAGUCUUGUCCAUGACUAUGCGAGAACUGGUGGACCGACUUGGCGAAGCAGAACCCCAUGAGUCCUUUUGGGAGGACCUUGCGGAACUUGACCUUCACGACAAGCGCCUUGCUAGCCUUCACAUGUUGGAUGAGUUUUGCGGAAACUUAGUCACGCUCGAUGCGUCAAGAAAUAAACUCAACCACUUGGAUGGCGUGCCUUCGACCAUUCGAGAGCUUAAGGUGUCUCAGAACUUGCUGACGGAGUUGACAUCAUGGGAUCAUCUGAUGAAUCUGCAAUAUGUGGAUAUUUCCAACAACGAGGUUACAAGUCUCUCGGCUUUGAAGAACUUGGUACAUCUGCGAAGUAUCAAGGCCGACAACAAUCAGCUUACUAGCCUCGAUGGCUUGGAUGCUCACGACGGUCUCUUGUCUCUGCGUGCCAGAAACAAUAUGAUUGAAGACGUUGACUUUGCGGUUUCACGAUUUGAGCGACUUGAAACGUUGGACUUGAGCGGCAAUCAGAUUCGGUGUGUGGAGAACCUAGAGAUGCUUCCUGUGCUCGCACGACUGAAGCUAUCCAAGAACAAACUAAUGGACCUACCUAAGGCGAGCUGCAUGAAGUCACUCAGACAUCUGGAUGUCAGCGACAACGAAUUGCUUACGCUGGACAUGGCUGCAUUCCCGAAGUUACAUUCCAUGCACGCGGACAGAAACCACAUCAGCAGUGUCUGCGGGUUUGAUCGAACUCGACGACUGGACAGUCUGUCACUUCGUGAGCAACGCGGCAACGUUCCGUUGGACCUAAGCUUCCUCUCUAUGGCCUAUGAAGUUCGCAAGUUGUUCCUAUCAGGCAAUUACAUGCAAGAAUUUGAUCCACAGGUCGACUUUCUCAACAUGCAACUCCUUGAGCUUGCCAACUGCGGGUUGCAGCGUCUUCCAGACAACAUGGGCCAGCUGAUGCCAAAUCUGCGAACGCUGAACGUCAAUUUCAACGCGCUUCGUGAUUUGUCGCCGCUCCAAUUCAUCCCGCGACUUAAAAAACUCCUCGUGGCCGGGAACAGAUUAGCUGAUUCGACGCGGGUGACACAGCUGCUGACGGAAUUUCCCCAUUUGACACAGCUCGACGUGCGGGAUAACCCAGUGACUCUUGGUUUCUAUGCUCCUCUGCAAGUCUUAGUACCAACGGACGGCUCUGGCAUUGCCGAUCCAUUUAUUCUGCCGGAUGCCGACGUUGGUAGGGACGAGACGUUUGCAAGCAGGUUAGACGAAGCUACGAGGUUGAGAAGACGGUUGCACCAAGUCGUUCUUGUAGCGAGCUGUUCGAGGCUGCGGGUGUUGGAUGGCCUGCCAGUCUGUCGAAGAGACAUCAUGGCUAGGGAUCGGCUGCUGCAAACGCUGAUUGAUGACGGCCUUGUUCCCGACCCAGAACGGCCGCGAGUUCAAGAGGGGGACACGAAGCCUGUUGUUAGCAAGGGCGAGGAGGGCAUUGACGAAGAGACAAUGGCGGAUGAGCAAGCCAGAGCACAGCUUGAAGACGAAGCUGAAACGGCCUGGCAGAGCACUAUGCACGAGAACAGCUAA